UUGGCUAAAAAUAACUUCGAAUGUCAUGGUUUUGGAUUGGAUCAGAUAUGGCUACUCAAUCCCAUUUAACACGGAGGUAACACAAACACAUGUUCCGUUAAACACGCUUGAACAAAGUGAAGUGGCAGAUAUGAAAAUAGCUAUACAAAAGCUGUUAGAUUUAGGAGCCAUAUCUGAGUGCCAUAAAGUCAAAAACCAAUAUAUAUCUAAGGUUUUUCUUGCUCCAAAACCUAACGGAGGAAAGCGUUUUAUCUUAAAUUUAAAAGGCCUCAAUAAAUUUAUUGCUCCCUGUCAUUUUAAGAUGGAGGAUUAUCGCACGGCCUCAAAACUCAUUCCUCAAAAUGGUUUUUUAGCCACAAUAGACUUGACAGAAGCAUAUCUGCUCAUACCUAUAGGCAUGAAUGACAGGAAAUACUUGAGAUUUCAAUUCAAUAAUCAUAUAUAUGAAUUUAACUCAAUGCCAUAUGGGCUAUCCGUAGCCCCUAGAGUAUUCACAAAGAUAAUGAAACAAGUGAUAUCCAAUUUGAGAUCUCGAGGAUUCAAAUCUGUCAUUUAUUUAGACGAUAUUCUGUGCAUAGGAGAUACCUAUCAAGAGUGCCUUGAUAAUGUUAAGGAAACUUUAAAAUUAUUGCAAUGUCUAGGAUUUGUCAUCAAUUAUGACAAGAGUUCUUUACAUCCAGAUCAGACUUGUAAAUUUUUAGGCUUUGAAUUCAAUACCCAAAAUUUGACCAUUGCCUUACCCGAAAAUAAACGCAACAAAAUUGCACAAUUACUUGGCAAAUUCCUAAAACUCCCUAAAUGUACCAUUCGAGAGUACUCACAACUCAUCGGUGUGUUAGUUUCAGCCUGCCCAGCUGUGAAAUACGGUUGGGUUUAUACAAAAACAUUAGAAAGGCAAAAAUAUCUCGAGUUAUUAAAAAAUAACGAAAAUUUCGAAGCUAAAAUUAAACCCUCUAGAGCCAUAUUGGAAGAUCUUAACUGGUGGUUAAAUAAAGUCAGUACAUCUAAUAAUUGUAUGAGAUUCCCUAGCUUCCAACUCGAAAUUUACAGCGACGCAUCCAACUCAGGUUGGGGCGCGGUCUGUGGAAAAAACAAGGCUAACGGCACGUGGAAGUCCUCAGAAAGGGAUUCUCAUAUAAAUUAUUUAGAAUUGCUGGCUGUUUAUCUAGGAUUAAAAAGCUUUGCGAAAAAUAUGACUGAUUGUGCAAUUUUACUGCGGGUCGAUAACACGACCGCUAUAAGUUAUAUAAAUCGCAUGGGGGGUAUCCAGUUUCCACACCUGAACGACUUGGCUCGCACUAUUUGGCAAUGGUGCGAAGAGCGCAAUAUAUUAAUCUUCGCAUCAUACAUAAAUACAACAGAAAACAUUGCGGACCCAGAGUCAAGGAAAAUAGUUAACCCUGACACUGAAUGGGAACUUUCAAAUAGAGCGUUCGAAUCUAUAUUACACCGGUUUGGUAAACCUACCAUAGAUUUAUUUGCUUCUCGUUCGAAUGCAAAAUGCCAAAAUUUCGUUUCGUGGAAACCCGACCCAGAUGCGAUAGCGGUCGAUGCAUUCACAAUCAACUGGAGUGAAAAUUAUUUUUACGCCUUUCCCCCUUUUUCGUUAAUUUUAAAAUGCCUAAGAAAGAUCGUAGACGACCAAGCAAAAGGAAUCUUAGUGUUUCCUUAUUGGCCAUCGCAACCUUGGUUCCCCUUGUUGCAGAGCCUCAUCAGUUCGGAAAUAAUGUUUCUCAAUCCGAAUAAAAACUUGCUUCAUUCGCAUUACAGAGACUGCCACCCCCUGCACAGGGGACUCACUCUGGGGGUCGCAAAGCUCUGCACCAAGACAAAUUAUUGACAUUACCUAAUGGCCAUACGUACAUUACCUAAU